CGAAAGGCACGUUAGUUGAGCUCUCUGCCUACAUCUCCUUCGCCCGCUUGACAACCGACGGACGGGAAGCGUCGGAGAUGUUGGAGGAACGGCAAGUAUACCGUUUCUCUCCGGGAACUAUUCUUGGCGACUUGAGAGAACUGGUCAAAGGCCAAAUCCUACCAUGGAUGAAGGAUUGUUAUGAGCGUCAAGAGAACCAUAGUCACUGUGGACUUUCGGGUGACACCACGGUCUUCCCAAAACGACUGAUUGAUAUCGGCGAAGCUGAGGAUGAUUCAAUUCGGCUUAUCGAAACGGACCACAAUUCAGUCACCCAUCCAUAUUUGAUUCUUAGUUACUGCUGGGGUCAUAGUCACGAGAGCACUAAAACAACCCGAGAUAAUCUGGAAAGCCGUUUAUGCGGAUUAUCCACGAGAAUGCUGCCUAAGACAAUAAGGGAUGCAAUCCUGCUGACGAGAAUGAUGGGUUUUCGAUACCUUUGGGUCGAUGCAAUGUGCAUUGUCCAAGCCACAAAAGACGAUCCUGGAGACUUCAAACUAGAAGCCAUGAGGAUGAGAGACUACUAUGCCAACGCGCAAUGUUGCAUAUCAGCCUCGUUGGCGCGCGAUAGCUCGGAAGGCUUUCUCACCCAACGACCACUGGGUAGAUUUCCUGUCCCACGCGUCGUCACUUUGAAACUCACAUCCAGCACAAUCUCAAAAUCAGUCCUUUUGAAGGGCUGA